AAUGCGAUUGAUUGCGCCAUGCGAUAUGUUUACCUGGCGAAGUAGCGUGCGAUUUUCAAAAUUUAUGGUAUUGUAUUGUGAAAAAUUGAGGAGCAAUCAUGCUUCUUUCGCAGUUGAUACGUAUACGUUGAAAUUUAUUUGUAGAAUACCAACAAUGAGGGUUUUUAGAACAAUAUGAUCAUGUAUCUGCAAAUGAACAACCUCCUGAAUGAAUGUUGUAGGUAGUUAACGAAAGAUCAAUUUUGAACGAUCUCACCCGUCACAAGUAUAAAGACUGUACCAUGUAAAGUCCACGAGAACUUUGAUUUGUUAUACCAGUUCAAAACUUGUCGAAUACACCCCUGACGCUUGUCGGGGAAGAUGGCGGUUGCAGAGUCAAAACCGGUCGGUGCUUUGUGCAAUGAAAUAUCAAAAACGGAAGACACAACAAUCGAUUCACAAUGUAAACCUGUCAAUUACAAUUUCAAAGUGUUGGACGUUAUUUUGUGCGUCUUCUCAAUCGGCACUUUCCUCGCAGAUAUCGUAACAGAUGGCUUAGUUGUCAACGAUUACCUAUCUAUUGGAUAUUCAGGAUGGGCAUACUUUACACUAAUAUUUAUGCUGCUUCCUGCAAUGAUUGUGCAGCUAUUCAGCUUGAGAUGGCAUCACAGCGACGGAUCUCUGAAUUAUACUCAUUGGAUAUCACAUUUCAUACUCAUGGGUAUUGUUCACAGAUACUUAGUCUUAUUGCACGCAGCGAUACGAUCUUUGAAAACUGGCCAAUCAAAGAGCGAGAAAGACUGGGUGCUCAGACAGCAGAGUGAUAUAUGCAUGCUUCAUUUGUUUGAAUCAUUUAUGGAAGCUGCUCCACAAAUUUUACUCCAACUAUAUGUAAUGGUUGUACUUCAACGAGCUUUAUUUUGGACAAGUAUUUCAGCCGCUGCUUCCUUGUGCUCUUUAGCAUGGGCAAUAGCCGCUUAUACAAGAGCUAUGCGCAGAGCGCGGCCAGAUAAAUGUAACGCUGCAUGGCCCAGUCUGACACUCCAAGCAUUAUGGAGAGGUGGAAUGCUGACUUCGAGAAUUGCCGCUUUAGUUUUGGCAGCUGUUUGCAUCAGAGAAUGGAUAUUCCUACUACUUGGUAUUCAUUGGCUAGGAAUGACGAUAUGGGUAGUUCUCCAAAAUACAGAUUUUUGUCCAACAAGAUGGGAAGAACGAAUCUACAACUGCGUAAUUGGUAUAAUAUACUGUUUUGAUUUUUUUAAUUUAUGCGAAGGACGAUCUCGUUAUCGAGCUCUGGCUUUUUAUGGGAUAACAGUGAUUCAAAAUAUUGUCUUUUUGUCAAUCUACCUCGCAUAUUUUAGAGGAUCGUUAAAAACUAUUGUUCUUACGGUAUCGACGAUCAUGAUAAUCGGUGGAACAAUAAUCGGAUUGACAAGUAUGCUUCUCUAUUAUGGUAAAUUCCAUCCGACUGGGCCAAUCAAAUUUUGUGAUAGUACAAACAAUGAUCUUGAGACUGCGUCGGAAAAAACAAUAGACAAAUCGGGAACACUUAGGUCUCUUAAGCAUCGUUGGCAUGCAUCUGCUUUAUCACUACAACACUCAGUUGACUUAUCACAAGUUACAACGGUAUCUGAUGAUAUAACUGCUGAUAAAAAAUCAUUGCUUACAAAUAUAGUUCAAAGUUCCGAGUUUGUUGAAGAGGGCAUUGUGAACCAGAGCUGUGAAAUCACAGAUGAAGCUGAGACGGUUGUGAAAGUCAUUAUGGAAAACUCGACUGUAAGUGACAUGAAUAAUUCGAAUUCACAGAAUUAUGUAACCCAUUUACAAAAUUCGUCAAAUUGUUCAAAUACUCAGAAUAUAGCAAAUGAAAUACUUCAUUCACAAAUGUCUGGGAACCAUCAAAAUUUCAUCCGUCCAAAUCUAUCACAUUCUAACAAUAUGGAUAGUAUAGAGGAUGAUUAUGUAGAGUGUAAUAAUAUAGAGACGUUGCGUCGACAGAAGCGUAGAGGUAUAUGUUCUCCAGUUGAAUUAGGUUUGGAAACAGAUGAUUCUAAACCUGAUGAUCUGAACUCUAGUUUGCAAUCGCAAAAACGACGUGGAAUUUGUUCUUCGGCUCAAUUAGGGCUGGAAUUAGUUACUGAUGAAGAUAAUUAUGUAGAAAAAAAGUUCAAAUUUGAAAAACGAAGACCAAUGAUGGCCACCGAAUCCGAAAUAGAUUUUAGUUUGAACAGUUUUGAAGAAAUUUCUUCAACAAUGGACUCCACUUCCAAAGAUCCAUUGGAUAUUCCUGACAGCAUAAAGGAUCGAGAGAGAUUAGAUACGCCUGUGAUAUCAGAGACUGACAAAAUAUCCGAGAGUGAUAAAAUUUCAGAAGAAAUUUCUCAAAAAGAGGACACUAUGAGCCAUGUUACUUCGGUUCAUGAUUAUGAGAAUGUAUGUCCCUUGGGAAUCGCAAGACCUCCGUGGUGCAUACGUAGCUGGAAAGGAUACACUGAUAUAGAAACAUAUAUUCACGAUGAUAGCGUAGUUAGAGAUAGACGCAGAGAUACAUUGACCAGUUCAGCUACUGGCACUACAUUUAGUUCGGAAUUUUCGGAUCCUACAUGCAUAAGUCCUGCUUCGAGAAAAGUGCUCAAACGUUCAAGGCAAGACGAUUAUUUAGACACAUUGGUCUAUGAUCUAGAAGAUUGGGAAUCGAAUAUUACCUCUAACGAAGAAGUAUCGACAUCAACUUUGUCAGACAUCGACGAAGAAGAAGCUAACUUGUUUGUUGCAAAACCGAUUGUUAUCGACGAUAAAGGUGGGAUGUUUGCAUUGGAUACAAUUUUAGAAGAACGCGAAGACUCUGUUUCCAGCUCCGAUACCGGCAUUGAUUUGAGACGAGCCAAAAAUUGUUCGGUUAGUACAUUAGUUGCAACGAUUGAUGAAAUACGAAAAUUCACUGCAGAAAAUUCGCCCAGGCACGUUUACCAUCGGACAGAAAGUCAAUGGGAGGACUUGGAUCCAAAGAUGUUGAUAAAAAAAGUACAACUAGCCAAAGUUCUAUUCUCAAAUGAUUUAAAUAAGUUUUCUCCUUGCAAAAACAUGCCACAUUCGUCAUUAUUGGAUUCAUCAUUGAUAUUUAAUAGCAACAGAGAAAUUGAGGCAAUGAAAGAAAUGACCAAAUGUUACUCAACAGGAUCUAUCAGAAGAACGCCACUGAUAAAUGCCAUUUUAUCAGACUCCCCGAUAUUAGGACCCAAGGCAAAAAUACAGAAGUACAACAGCAUUGCAGACAAUUUGAAUUUUGCAAAUGUUGAAGAGCACAACGUUUAUGUGGAGAUGCGACCACUGAUUCCCGAAAAAUCAAACGAAGUUCGUAAGCUGGUUCCCAACGUGACAUUAUCCACCCUAAGUCAAAAUAAUUUGCGAUCCGAGGUAGAGAAUUUUAGAAACAUGACUCUAGAGAUUAAAAGUGUUGACGAGAACUUCAGUUCACAUGAAUCAUCAGCUGUUAUACAAUGUUCAGAAAAUUAUGAAUCACCAUCGGUCGCAUUUUCACGAGCAACUACUUCACAAAAUGAAAUGUUAUGUGACAGUGAAUCGCCAAAAACAUCCCCAAAAAAACCAAAAUCAAUAACAGCAGGUGCGAAUUCCAAUUUUUCCUACCCGAUAGGAUUACACGCGUCAUAUGAAAAACGUAGACGAAAUGUUAAUCGUCCGAGAAGAAAAUUUUCCCUUUUGAGAGAAAGGUUUGAACCUAAGUCUGAAAGAUUGAUAUAUACCGUAACGCCACAAAACAGGAAUUCAGAACUGUUGAGCGAACCAAGAACAAUGUUGUACGUUGAUCAAUCCAAAUUAAAUGCUUGCGACAAACAAAUGUCGAUUAUUUUGAACGAUAAAUUGAAUGCCGAAGAAUUUACGGCUUCUUACGACAAAGAAAACCUAACACCCGCAGUGACUAGUCGAAUAAGUCAUUGGAAUAGUUUUAUAAGUGAACAUAAUUCCUCCAAUACAGACAGGCUUGAAAACAAGGAUACUGCCUUGAAUAGUCUUCCAAAUUUAAAGGAGAAACGAAGUAUUUUUUUGAAACAAGUUCUUUCUCCGCCGAAAUUUCAAAACUGGGGUAAAAAACGAACGUUCAGUCCAAAUGCCAAAAUUGUCCCUAAAGCACUUUGAGGGUAAAUUGCAGAUAUUAUUCUUCUAAGAGGAUUUUUCAUGUGUGUAUUUUGAUCUCAUGGCCAGUAAGUAGAUGUAAGAAAGUCUUCCAAGUUUAUUACACAGAAUGAAUAUCUAAUACUGCCGCUAUUGCUAACUUAUGAGUAAGCAUAUAAAAUAUAUCAAUCUGUCCACAAACGAGACUGAACACAUUCCAAGGACUUGAGUUGUGAGUAUACAACUGACGCAAUAAAGUUUAUAUUAUUGCAACGUCUUUAGUAAAUUGACGUUGAGAUUCCAAGCAACUUUUCUCUCUUGAUUAUACGUUCAAGUCGAUCACAUGAAAUUCAUAUUGAUUGAUAACCAAAAUGAUGUUCCUCUGAAAAUUAUCUCAGUCAAAGUUGAGCCAAGCAAAAAUUUGAACGAGAUCUGACGUAAUAAUUAGAACUUAAUCUAUGUAUUGUAUAUAUCUGUCUGACAAUGUUCAUUGAUACUUUACUAGUAUACAUUGUAAAUAUUAUUUCAUAUGAUUAAGGAUCAGGUAAAUAAAAAUGCGGAUGUGAAUCGUCACGCAUAAAUACUUAAAGACGAUAUAUUGUUUCUCACAUAAAGUGAUGUUACGUUGGUAUACAGUAAAGUAUUACAGCUAAUAAUAUAGUUUUUCAAGUUUUUUUUUAUAUAUACAACUAUAGCAUAUAGUUUAUGAUAUAGAUAGAGUAAUAAAUAAAAAUAGAGUGUAAAAUAAAUGAUGUAUGAAUGAAGAGACUACAUUAGUGAAUAGCAACAUUCGGAGAUAUUAAAACCGAGUUUAUUCGGUUUAGUAGAUGCGAAAGUUUUGUUACUAUUAUUCCUAACGAAAUACUCUUGAACAAUGACAAUCAACUACCACUAGUUUGUAACAAGGUAUGCAAACUAAAAUAUUCCUGCCGACUUACUUGCCGCUUGGGUAAUAUGAAUCUGACUUUUAUUAUUUUGUAUACAAAUUAAAUAUUAUUUUAUACGUUCUCAAUUUAGCGUAGGAUAAUCAAACUGUCAGACUUAUAAACUGCCUACCUAAAAAUUUUAAGUAUUGCAUUGAUUCUGUGAUGAAUAAAUAUUUUUCUACGUAUCGUAA